UUGUAUUGUAAGUGACUUAUCUUUUUCCUAUAUGUUUUGUUGUUUUAAAUAUUUGUGAUAGCAUUGAUGUCUUUAGCACUAGUCCUAGCAAUUGCAGGUUCUGUUUAUAUCCUUGUCCUAUAGUGAUCAAUUUGUUUGAUCAAUUUGUUGAGGUCAUAAUAUCAAAAUAACAGUCAUAAUUAAUAUGUGCUUACUUAUUCCAUAGAAGCAACAAAGUGAAACGCCGGAUGCAAUAUCAAGGUCUGAUGUUUGGCUUUGUGCCUAUGAAGCAAAGCAGAAGAAGGGGUCAACUGAGGAAGCUGUGGAUUCAGAAAUAGUGGUAACAAGCAUCUAUAGUAAAAUGUUUUUGUUCAAAGUAUAUAAUAUAUAUAUGUACUAUUCUUACAUUAUUACCUCCCUGCUCAAUUUUGUCUUAGCCUUUGAAUUACAUAAAUAUUCUAAGCACUGAUCUUGCUAUAUAUUUGUUCAUUGAUCAUGUGAUGAAAACUUUGUGCUUAUGUAUUUAGUUAUGUAUUCUUUAUAUAUGUAGAAACAAGUGAAAAAGUACAAGGAAGAAGAAGAAACAGUUUCUGGACUGUCUUCUAUAAAGAAUGAUGCUGUUGCAAAAGUGCUUGGUCAAGAUCCACGAGGACGAGUAAGAGGGUAUGGGUUCGGUGCACUACCUUCAAAAGUCAAUGCUCAAUCACAUGUAAGUAAUAAAAUCACAAUGUUAGAGAAUGCUCUUGCUGCUCAAACACAAGUGGUAGACAAAUUGCAAGAGAUGGUGAGAGGCCUUUGUGCUCGGCUAGACCAAGGAGGAAAUAACAAUGAACACACUAUUGCACAACAAUCUGCUAUUGAGAUUGGAAAUAGAAAACGUAAAGAAAAUCCAAGUGUUACAAAUACUGGUAGUGAUAUAGCACAGAGCAAACAGAAAGAUGCAAGUGUUAGAAGUUCUUAUAAUGAGACAGAAAAUGGCAGCCCAAUGCAGCAAAGUUUUAAUGGAAAGAAACAACUUUCUGGACAAGUUAACCCAAAAAUAGUCCACAAGACAGAUUUGGGGAAACAAGUGCAGUUGUUAAGUUGGUUUGCUAAAGAAGAAGUAGUUGUUGCAAGUGCUAGCAUUAUAUCAAAAGAUCCACAAGUUGAGGUGCAUCAUGUUCCUCUUGGCCAUGAUUGUUGGAAAGUAUCGGUGCAUGAAGUUUUUCAUGAUAUAGCCUUGUAUCGCCCAACAAGCGAGUUUAGUAAACUUUAUGCAUCCACAGGAAGUAUGAUUGCAUGGCCUAUCAAGUACAUCAAAGUGAAUUAGGCAUUUUGGAGGUAAAAGUUGGCAUCAAACAUAAUAUGAAGAUGUUCAAAAGGCCACAGCAUGGAUCACUAUAGAUUUAUCUUUUGCAAUUAACAAAGACAAUUCUAAUCUAAGGUGGUCUCUAAUAAUCUAGAAUGUUUUAUAUUUUAGCAUGGUGAUGAUAGACUGUUGGUUUAAUUAAAUUGUUUUUAUACAGUAUUAGUGUUGUUGGCAUAUUCAUUUAUAUUUGGUAAUGUGAU